CGCUGGAAAUUUCUUUCUCAAAUUGACAUUUUUCGCUUAGACAUCAAUGUAUUUUCCCUACCCUUACACGCAAUACUAUCCCCAGCCCACAUCGACAAUAAUGGCCCAAUCGGGCGAAAUUCCGAUGAACCCUGCCCCACCGGUCACCCUCCCCCACCCUGUGGUCUCAGCUACGGCCAAGCGCCGCCGUGAUGAGUUUGACGUUGCAGCGGCCUCCGCAGCAGGUGAGAUGGAAGGAUCGGCCCCAAAACGGGCCAAAUCGCAAGACGUUAUAUUUAGGAUCGUAGUGCCGUCGAGGCAGAUCGGGAAGGUCAUUGGCAAGGAAGGGUGUCGUAUUCAGAAGAUUCGAGAAGACACCAAAGCCACUGUCAAAAUCGCAGAUGCAAUCGCUCGACACGAAGAGCGCGUAAUAAUCAUUAGCUCCAAAGAGAGCGAUAAUUCCUUUUCCGAUGCCGAGAAUGCGCUCAAGCAAAUUGCUACUUUAAUUCUAAAGGAAGAUGAUAGUCCUGUGGAAGCGUCAAAAGUUGUUGGUGCAGGGCAUGUGGCUGCAAACACUAUAAGGAUGUUAAUAGCAGGUUCGCAGGCAGGUUCUUUGAUAGGGAUAUCUGGUCAAAACAUUGAGAAAUUAAGGAAUUCAUCUGGUGCCACUAUCACAGUACUGGCUCCAAAUCAGUUGCCUCUCUGUGCUUCUGCUCAUGAAUCUGAUCGAGUUGUGCAGAUAUCAGGAGAUGUACCUGUUGUGCUUAAGGCUAUAGAGGAGAUUGGUUGUCAACUCAGGGAAAACCCACCAAAACAAGUGAUUUCUAUCAGUCCAACAUACAACUAUGGCGCAGUUCGACCAACCCAACCAUAUGUUGACCCAACUUCAGCUGAUUAUGUAACCUUGGAGAUGAUGGUCUCGGAGACAUUGGUUGGUGGCUUGAUCGGUAGAUGCGGCUCCAACAUAUCCAGGAUCAGAAAUGAGUCAGGAGCAAUGAUCAAGGUUUAUGGUGGAAAAGGUGAACAAAAACAUAGGCACAUACAAUUUGGUGGCACUGCUCAGCAGGUAGCAUUGGCAAAACAGAGGGUAGAUGAAUGCAUUUAUUCUCAAUUGGUACAAGCAGCUGGUGCUCAAGCUCAACAGUCAUUUUUGCAGAGAUGAUGAUGGUGGAAUUUAAGAACUUUUAUGGAAAUUCACUGCCAGUGGGUUUUGGGUCAAACAAAAGAGUCGAUUGUGGUGUUUUGAGUAUUGGUUCUGCCAACUGUGCAAGCACUAGAAGAGAAAACAAGGAUCAGUGCUGGCAUGUUGACAAGGUUUUGUGGUAGUGGUAUUCUAUUCUACGCGUCUCGAGGAUUUGCCAUCGUGUUCUAGUUCCAUAUCAUAUGCCUUUUGAGGUAUUGAGCGCACAAAAUCAUGUUCCCAUGGCAAAUGCAAAUGCCAAAAAAAAAAAAAAAAACAAAAAGAAAAAAAGUGACAUUGUUAACUUUCAGUCUUUAUGGAAUCAGAACUUGAACAUAAUCCAGUCCAUACGGAGUUCAGAAUAUAUGUUGCAUUUGCUUUGGGCGAGAUUGCUCAUCCAGCGUCAAAGACCCUACUUAUUAAGGCUCCGUGCGGCAUUAGAUUUUAGGAUUGAAAAAAAUGUUAUUUUAGACAGUUAAAAAAAUUAAUUUAAAAGAAAAAUUAUUAAUAAAUUUUAUUUUUAAUACAUUAA